AUGGCCAGUAACCGCAUCCGUCGCAUUGGAAAAGAAAUUGCGGACAUCCAUGCGGACAUCCACUCUCAGAUCAAAGCCGAGCCAUUUGGCAACCAAGACGAUGUGACACACCUACGAGGAUCAUUCCCAGGACCACCUGGAACACCAUAUGAAGGUGGCACGUACAAUAUCGAUAUAAAAAUCCCCACCGACUAUCCUUUCCGACCACCUACCAUGAAAUUCGAGACGAAAGUGUGGCACCCGAAUGUUAGCAGUCAAACGGGAGCAAUCUGUCUCGACACACUUUCGAGUGCCUGGUCGCCAGUUCUGACCAUCAAAUCCGCUUUACUUUCACUGCAAUCUUUGCUCAGCACCCCCGAACCCAAAGAUCCCCAAGAUGCUGAAGUGGCCAACAUGCUCCUGAAGACACCCAAGGAGUUUGAGCGUGUUGCCCGUGAAUGGGCAGUCAUCUAUGCCGGGGCUCCCGUGAGUAGUGACAACGGGAACGGAUCUAGCGCGGAUGACGUUCAGCAAGCAACUGCCGAGGAUAGUCUGGCAAGGUAUGGGGGAUACAACAAAAACUUGGUUGACCGUUUCGGCAGCAUGGGCUUCGAUGUUGAGCGUGUUGUAGCCGCUUUCCGGUUUGUUGGCGCUGAACAGCAUGGGGGUCAGGACUAUGAAUUAGAAGAAGGCCUUAUGGGCGAUAUUGCUGCCCGACUUCUUGGUGAAUCAUAG